AUGUCCGGAAAAAAUAAGCUUAUUAUUCAUCCGUUCUUCCAGGGCUGUUCAUCCUUCCGCAACUUCCGCAAAGGUCCACUGUUUAAGGCUGAGACGCCAAGUCGUCACAUGGAAAAGGAUUUACACGCUAACCAACUAACUAGCAUCGAGGAGUUUGGCGAGGAGUGGUUCGACAAGCUCCUUGCGCAGAAGCCCCGUUGGGUCCGCGGCACCGCCACGCCGGCCACCAUUGCCGCCAGCGACGAGCACCCCGAGGCCGCCUUUUUCGCCACCGGCGGCGGCUUCGGCACCGACGGCACGCUCAAUUUCACGCAGCCGACCAAGGGCCAGUACGUCUCGUGGCCCCAGCGCGCCGCCAUCCUCAAGAACGCCCCCCACCCCGAGGGCGCCAAGCUGCUGCACAACUUAAUCCUGUCCGAGGAGUACCAAAAGGCCAUGGGCACCUGGUCGGUCCGCACCGACAUGCCCACGCCCGAGGGCUUCCCCGACCUCAAGGGCAACAAGAAUACGGACCCCAACGCGUUUGCCAAGUUUAUGGAGGACCGCGGCGCCGUGGAGCGCAGACGCUUCUGGUACGAGGCCAAGAUGGGCCCGGCGGUCGGCAAGAACCCGCGCGACGACGACAUUGGUGGUCCUGAUGCUGCAGCAGCAGCGCCUCCUACGCAGAGCAACAGCACGGCUCCGGCGGCUCAGACGGCUCAGGCUUGCGCCAGUUCCAAGGCUGCUAAGCGCGCCAUGCUCUGA